CCCCCUGCCAGACGCUCCCCUUCCCGCCAGAAACUGUUUUGUUUAUGCUGCUGAACUAAGGUGCUGGAUAACAUAAAUACCCACAUCAUGACUUUCUCGGCAAGAAUACGACUUAAAAUGAAUGGAAUGAGAGAUGCUUCACUAUUUUCAUGGUUAGGAAAACCAAUAGAAGCAUCAAGAAAGGAAAGAAUUAAUAGAGACAAGACGUUUUACAGUGGGUUUCGACUUGGUAGACUGUCCAUUUACGUCAGUGACUGUGUUUAUAUUCGCAAUGCUGACUCCCCAGAUCCUGAUAGUCCAGAUGGCUGUGAUAUUGCAAGGAUCGUCAGGUGCUAUGAUAAUGGUGAGAAAAGGGACAGUAAGCGUGUGAUUGUUCAGUGGUACUCACGGCUACAAGACAUUAGCUUUGCCCACCUUAAACAAAUCCCAAGGGAUGUGCCUGCUCUUGUACAUGGUUUAGAAGUUGUGAAAGAAGAGAGGGCAUUUGAAACAGAUGUAGAUAUACAAAGUAUUCUCAGUACAUGUUCUGUACAAGAAGUAACCUGUACUGUUGAUCCCAAAUUUGUCCAAAAGCCAUUACAUUGCUCAGAUCCAUUUUAUGUGUGCCGGUUCAGUUAUGGUGGCAAGACACCCCGUCUUCAUCCUCUAAAGGACUUUGGAAAUUCACAGCCGAGUGCCAAGAGACACACUGCACGUCGUUCUCUUGCAAAUGACCUAACCAAUAUAACAACUGCUGCAACACCAGGUAGCAACCAUUGCAUCACUCCGAGCACAAGAGACGGCAAAGAAAAUACCGCCAAAACACCAAACAAUAACAAGAAACAUGUGGAGCGUGAUGAAUCCCCAGAAAUUCCGCUUCUAGAACCAAGUGGAAAAUUUGAGCUUCUGAAACCCACCAUAUCAAUAAAGCUAAAAAAGAUAAAUGUCUUAAAGUCAACAUCUCCUAGCGGUGUGCGUCUCCCACACACUUUAAAACGGCAAGCUGUGGAUACAGAUGACCACACACCAAAGAAAAGACCCCGAACCAGCUUUAAUGAAAAAGACAGUCCAAUGCGGGAUACAUUGUCCAAAAUAAUAAGCAAUGAGAAUAUGACCAGUGUAGAGAGACACACUGGCUUUGGACGAAAACUGAAAAUUGUGUGCUAUCGAAAAUUUAAUGAUGGGGAAGUUGAUAGAAAUGGAUGUGUAACUCCUUUGUCACCAAAGUUCCGUGAAAAAUCUUCACCCUCAAAACCUCGAAGUGUUGUAUCAUCAAGUGUUUAUAAAUCAUCCAAGGAAAAAAUUGAUAUCGUGAAAAAGAUUGGCAAAGUUCGUGCUCUUAAAGACGAUGAAAUUACAGAUUUAUUGGGUAGUGAUAGUGAGGACAUGGAUAGUAGUGAAAGUGAAGAGGAAGGGGAAAACCUUGAAUCAGACGAAGAAGAUAAAAAAAUAAAAACUCCUUUUAAUAUCAGUCAGGUUGGUAACCAAAAGAGAAGCCCCAAAAAAUUUGAAUCAUGCCAGAAUUUAAGGAAAGACGACUCUUUAUCAGACACUUCAAAAAAAUGUGUCCCUAAAAAUGAGAAAGAUCUUCCAUUGCCAUUCUUUACAACUCCAAAGAAAGAUAGACAUGUCAGUUCAAAAUCUAAAAGUUCUAUGAAAAAGAAGCACCAAUGCAGUGAUUGUGUGGAGUCAUUUCUCACCCUCACUGAGUUACGAGAACAUGAAGAGGAACAUGAAUUCCAGCCAGUUGCAGUGACUCCUAGCAGGAAAUCCAAUAAGAAGCAUUUAUCAAGGACACCAUCCAGUGUAAAGAAGACUCCACGACGUGAAUCUGUAACUCCUGGAAUGCCAGUACGAGAAGAGCCUGUGAAACAUCCACAGACACCACUGGAGAAGGCUCGAGCUCGCCUUCAUGUUUCUGCCGUCCCUGAUUCACUGCCAUGUCGCGAGGAUGAAUUCCAAGAUAUAUAUUCCUUUGUUGAAGGCAAACUCAUGGACAACACUGGAGGAUGCAUGUACAUCAGCGGUGUCCCUGGCACAGGAAAGACUGCAACAGUCAGGGAGGUGGUGAAACUUCUUCGUGACUGUAGUAAUGAAGGAGUUUUGCCUUCAUUUACAUUCCUAGAGGUUAAUGCUAUGAGAUUGACAGAGCCUCAUCAGCUUUGGGUCCAGGUAUGGAAAGGUUUAACGGGAAUUAAAGCAACAGCAGAACAUGCCUCCAAUUUACUUGAAAAGAGAUUCUCUACUCCAGCCCCAAGAAGGGAACCCACACUUCUGCUGGUGGAUGAGUUGGAUCUCUUGUGGACUCGCAAACAGGAUGUGAUGUACAAUUUGUUUGAUUGGCCAUGCCGUCCUGGUAGUAAGCUGAUUGUUGUAACUAUUGCUAAUACCAUGGACCUUCCUGAACGCCUCAUGAUGAAUCGGGUAUCUUCCAGGCUUGGACUAACAAGAAUGACAUUCCAGCCUUACACCUACAAACAACUGCAGGAAAUUGUAAUGUCUCGCUUGCUUGGCAUUGAUGCAUUUGAUCCAGAUGCUGUGCAGUUGGUUUCACGUAAAGUUGCAGCUUUAUCAGGAGAUGCUAGGCGAGCACUUGACAUCUGCCGUCGAGCCACAGAAAUUGCAGAGACGAAGAAACUGCCAGCCAGUCCUUCCAAAUCUCCAUUAAAGAGGGCAGCUCUGGUUGGAAUGUUGCAUGUUGACCAAGCAAUAAAGGAAAUGUUCACAUCUCCUAAGAUAACAGCCAUAAGAAGCUGCAGUAUGAUGGAGCAGUUUGUGCUGCGUGCCGUCGUGUCAGAGUUCGUGCGCACUGGUCUGGAGGAAGCUGUCUUUGGGCGUGUGUUGGAGCAAUUCAUAUCACUGUGUAGAUUUGAAGGGAUUGAGCCAUCUUAUGCAUCUGAGGUGGUGAAGAUUGUCAACUGUCUUACGUCACAACGCUUGAUCCUGACAGAACAUUCUCGCAAUGACCUCAACCUACGCCUACGGUUGAAUAUAUCCACAGAUGAUGUUAACUAUGCCUUGCAAAGCACGCCAGCAAAUUGAAAAUAUAGAAUAUAGACAAAAGAUAGUGAAUCAAUAAUUUAUAAUAAAUAGUUUCACAAAAUACUUUGUAUUUUAUCUGGUUUCUUUUAUAAUUUAUUUUUGAAUACAAAUACUUUUUAUUGUUUACAAGAUUAAACCACAGAACUUAACUGUCAUAGGUCAGUAUCAUUGUUGUACCCAGAAUAGAUUACCAGAUUCAUUUACCUCUUUAAGAGAUGAAAGAAGUGACAGACAGAACUGAUCAAUAUUUGCUUAGGUGACACACACAGAGAAAGAAUAUGAAGUUAAAGAUAGGUUCAAAAAAUGAGUAAAUGAGAAGUGGAUGGUAGUAGAGAGACAAUUACCAAGAAGAUGAGAUCAAGGAUGCACUAGAAUCAAGAGAGAUGACAUUGAAGAAGCACUGGUAGGAGAGAAUCAUGACAUCAAGGAGUUGCAGGCAUAGAAGUACUACCCAUAGGUGAUGCUAGGUUGUUGAAAUCAUUCCCGGAAGUGCUCUGUACCAAUUGUUCCGGCUAACUGAGAUAUCACUGUGUAUUUGAGUUUAAUACGGUAUAUUUGUAACAUGAUUGAAACAGCUAGUUGCACAAUGUUUCUAAACUCAUAGAAUUUUCUAAUAUUUAUAAUGUUGGUUGUCUAUAUUAAUGUUUAUGUUUUCUAGAAAUUACCGUAUAAUUAUUCUUUAAUUUUUAGGUGUUUAUGUCACUGGUAUGACAUCACCUUCAUUGCCACUAACUAUAAUGCUGUUGUCAUCAGGUCAAGUUAUUAUUUAUAUCAGUAGUCUCAAAGCAACCAUCAGCCUCCACUCAGUGUUCUUGUUACUCAAUUUGUUUUUUGUUCAUUGAAGAUCAGAAGUUUGUUUUAGAAUCCAUUUCUUGUAUUUAUAUAUUGUGGGAUUUAUAUUAAACAUCAUAAUUUUUUAAUGUCUUUAUAUUGUAUUGUAGGGGGUGUGGAAAUGACUGGUUUAUUUAUCUCUGUUGCUCUGCCAUCAAUGUAGGUGGGGAAUCAUCCAUUUAUUUUCAAUGCUUUUUUAAUUAUCUUCUAUUUUCUUUAUUUAUUUAAUUUCUCUAAUUACUUCUUUCUUUUAAUUUCUAAGUGUAAUUAGUUCACUGAUAAAGCCUAUGUUACUGUAGCCUGUCACCACUUAGAUUUUAAAUCAGAAUAAAACAUAGCAUUUACCCUA